AUGAUUCGAACUUGGCGCGAUAAUGCCGCAAAAGGCGUCGGACAAUUCGGUGUCGUCUCUACUCGUCAACGCCUUAUAAAAAUCACGACAAUAUUCAUCGCCUUUAUAUGCCUCCUCACUCUAUGGGAAUUUUGGUCCCAUCUCUCAUUCGCGUAUCAAAGAGUCACGUCAUCAAGCUUGGCGCAAGCGAACGUGCCAAGUCAAACAGAAACAGAAACAGAAACAGAAACAAUCCUUGUUGAUGAUGAUGAUGAACCCCAAUUUACUGGUCCGACUAACCAAACAACCCAAUUCUGGUCCGAUUUACUCCAACAAUUCUACCACGCCAAACCCAAAGGCAAGAAAAUUAGACCUCCCAAGUCUCUCUCACGCGACAAAUUCGACCCUCAUGGAAGCACUCCCCAGACCGACACAGACUGGUUGGAGGUGUCGGAUGACGAGAUCAACUCACUAAAAGAAAACCACGAAAUAUUUAUCCAGGCUCUGCGACAUCUUGCCCCGAAACUUCCAUUCCAACCCAACACCAAGGGCAUCGUCAUCACCUCCAAAGGCUCCGCGUUCGGGGUAGCAGCUACAGCUGUACUCAUGCUACGACAUGUCGGAUCAAUCCUACCCGUCCAGCUUUUUCUUGACUCGGCAACUGAACAAGAGUUGCAAAGAUGCAAUGAUACAUUGACAAAUUUUCAAGUUCAAUGCUUAAACAUGGACGAUUUCUUGCGCCUACCAAACACGGCAUCAAUUCGCAAACCGAACAUCCAAUCUUACCAGUAUAAAGUCAUGUCCAUCAUCUUCUCCAGUUUCCAAGACAUUCUAUUCCUUGAUGCCGAUGCCUUUCCUCUUAGAAACCCCGAUCAUCUCUUUGACGUGGAACCAUACAAGGGCAGCGGAUUGGUGACAUGGCCAGACUUUUGGCUACCCACCAUAUCUCCCCUGUUCUACAAAGUCGCUGGCGUCAAGAUGCCAAACGUCACCAUCAACUCUCGAAGCUCCGAGUCAGGAGUCAUGCUUUACAACAAAUCAAGGCACGCCGACAGUCUCUUGCUGGCUGCUUACUACAACUUUUAUGGCCCAAAGUUUUAUUAUCAACUUCACUCCCAAGGUGCUUGGGGCUCGGGCGACAAGGAGACAUUCAUGCAGAGCGCCUAUGUUCUGGGUAAUCCUUUCUGGCAGGUGAAACAACCACCUGAGCUGGUGACAUCGGAAAAGAUCAAUUGGGGUAGCGGAAUCUGGCAGGCCGAUCCCGAACAUGACUGGAAACUAGAAACGGAACGAGCGAAAAACAUCACCACCUUAAUACGAAAAAGAAAGCAAAGGUUAAAUGAGGAACAUGUCAAGGUCACGAGCACAAUGUUUGCACAUCUCAAUAGGGUCAAGUUCGACAUGACGCAUCCGAUGCAAAUAUUAGAGGACUUGGCGCCUGAACAUCCCGACGGGCGCAUAACACGAUUAUGGGGAGACGACAUCGGCAAGGUCUCCGACGUGGCUGGAUAUGAUCUAGAAAAGGUCAUCUGGGAAGAGGCUAUCAAGGUGAACUGUGACCGUGAAUUAAUGGAGGAAUGUAACAAGAUACGGAAAUAUUAUGAGGCAACAUUUGGAUAG